GUCCGCGCUGGGUGCAAUCGUCUCAGCAAACUUUCUUCCCCUCCUCCUGCGCCCCAGGCGGAGAGGUGGAGCCAGGCGCGUCUCCUCUAUCAGUAAAGAUUGAGUGCUUCAGAGAGAGAUACGCGGUAAAGUUCAUGAUGACAUCUUAAGAAUCUCCACGGAGGUAUUGGACAACAUCAAGCAUGGCGAGGUCAAAGGCGAAGGUGUACUGUUGUGGCGCACUGAUGCUGCUCUGCCUGGUUGCUAUAAUUGUGUGCAUUGCGGUGCUCGCGGGCCACAAGUGUCCAGAGGGCACUUUCCCACGCGCUGCGGUGGCUGCAGACUCUGCGACAUGUUCGAAGAUUGGACGGCACAUGCUUAAACAAGGGGGCUCAGCGGUAGAUGGCGCCAUUGCUGCGCUGCUGUGCACCUCCAUCAUAAACCCACAGAGCAUGGGCCUCGGAGGGGGGUCCAUAUUCACCGUGAUGGACAGCUCUGGCAACGUGAAAAUCAUCAACUCCAGAGAGACUGUGCCGGGGAAGGUAAAGCCUGACCUGCUGAAAUCAUGUCCCAAGACUUUCCAGCUAAUUUCAGGUAGCCAAUGGAUCGGAGUCCCAGGGGAAAUUCGGGGUUACGAGCAGGCACACAAGCUUUAUGGGAAGUUGCCGUGGGCAACCCUCUUCCAGCCGACCAUCCGACUGGCCAGGGAAGGUUUUCCUAUUCCUGUGAUCCAAGGUCGAUACAUCUCAUACAUUGAUUCGAACCAGACCAAGCCACUACGAGACUUGUAUACAGAUAAGAAUGGAAACUUAAUGAAGAUUGGUGAUAUUGUGAAGUUUGAGAAGCUGGCCGACACCUUGGAGAUGAUUGCAAACCAAGGGCCAGAGGCUUUUUACACUGGAAGAAUAGCAGAGGAUUUAAUCCAUGACAUACAGGAGGCAGGAGGAAGUCUCACAGUGCAGGACUUGGCAUCGUACAGAGUUACAGUGACUGAUGCAUGGGUUGUUCCUUUUGGAGAGUACCAGAUGUACAUACCCCCACCCCCUGCAGGGGGUGUCAUCCUCAGCUUCAUCCUUAACGUCAUGAAAGGAUACAACUUGAAUUCAACAUCUUUGAUAGGGAAACAAAAGGCACUGCUGUAUCAUCGACUUAUUGAGGCUUUUAAGUUUUCCAAUGGAUUGAAGAAAUACAUCCGUGAUCCAGGGUUCAGCUCAGAAAAAAUAGCCAAGAAAAUCUCAGAGGAUAGCUUUGCUAAGCACAUACAGAGCUUGAUCAGCAGCAACCAGACUCACGGACCCAAGUAUUACAACAUCACCCCGCAUUUGGACAGUAUGGGCACCACGCAUGUGUCUGUGGUGGCUGAGGAUGGAUCUGCUGUGUCUGUGACCAGCACCAUCAACCACAUAUUUGGCUCAAAGGUUAUGUCUCCGAGGACUGGCGUCAUCCUCAACAACGAGCUGUCUGACUUCUGUGGGAGAGAAGAUAGCAUCCUUCCUGGGCAGCACCCUCCAUCGAGUAUGGCCCCCGCUGUGCUGAAGUCUAAGUCAAAGACGCUGGUGAUUGGAGCGACUGGUGGGAACAUGAUCACGACAGCCAUAGUCUCGGCGCUCAUGAACCGCUGUUGGUUUGGAAAGAGCCUCAAGGAGGCAAUCGCUGCUCCGGUUCUUUAUGUCAACCCUCAAAAUCUAGUAGGGUAUGAGCCCAACUUUGAUGAGAAUGUAAUCAAGGCUGCGGGGGCUCUGGGACACAAACAAAGAAAUGUAAGCCGUUUCUACAACGUGGUCAAUGCUGUGGAGAAGGAGGACGGCUGCAUCUGUGCCGUGUCUGAUGCCAGGAAACUGGGCGAGGCCGCCGGGUACUGAGACCAAGAGCUAGUGACUUCAGUUUCGCUGGGGGGCUUUAAGGUUACAGAGAUCUUCUGAAGCCACAAAACCAGAAAGACUGCAACCGAUGAUGUUACAUAAUUGAAUAAAUAAGUAAUUAAUUGGCCUCUUCAGCUGAACACAUUACAUGUAGCAGUUGAACACUUGGCCACUUAACAUAACUUAGUAAGUGACAUAAUGGAUUUUAAUGUGCACACAGAAAGCACUGUGACUCUGACCUUACAUCUUUGUUUGUACACAUCUUUAGUAUCAAUAAAUUCUGGUGGCAAUCUAUACCAAUAACA